CCAGCUGCGUCGCGUCGCGUCGCGUCGUGCGGCGAGUAUGUUUUGAGAGAUUGCAUUGAGCAAACGCGGCUGUCCUGUAGGAGGAGCCUGAACUGAUGCGAUCUGAUGUGAACGUAGAUCUGCACGUUUGUUUCCGUUCACAUGGAGAAACACGGAAACGUUCGUCGCGCGCUGAACCGCCACCAAAUCCGCGUUUAAUAAGGACAGAAACAGCAGCGGAGCGACGGGAGCCGAAGGAACCGGACUGACGAGAAGACCCGGGACCAUAUCCAGCUCUGCGUCUUUCUCUGGAUUAUCACAAUCAAUCACUCCCUUAUUAUCUGAUUUUCGCCCACCCCCCAAAAAAAGUGUGCCGGCACUAUGAUGCCGUUGGUCUUCACACUUCUCUGCCUCUGCGUUUUAAAGAUGGGCGGCUUCUCUGCAUCUGUCACUCAAGCCACCGUCCAAUCAGAUAUUCAGUGUCAUGACUGGGGUGUGUGGAGCAAGGGUUCGGUGCAGGUGUAUGACGGGGAGGUGGCGUAUCUCUACUGUCCGCUCUUCUCUUAUCCCACGCUCUACAGCUACAGUCAGACUCAGAACAGCAGUCUGUCUCUGCUGUGGUACCGACACACGCACACACACGAGAUGGAGCAGCCCAUCAACCUCAAACUACACACACUGCACAAAGACCGCGAGUACCUGUGGAUACAACCGGCCUCGGCGCAGGACGCCGGACUCUACAUCUGCAUGCUCCGCAACAUUUCCUCGUGUGUGAAGAUCGGCGUGGAGCUGAAGGUCGUUCAGAAGGACGGAGAGUGUGACAGGAGAGCUCAACCUCAUCUGAACCUGACUAUACCGUUCCAGAGCAAGCGAACCCUCACCUGUCCAGACCUGAACACACUCACGCUGCCCAACAGCACGCACUCCGUCAGCUGGUGCCACUUAUGCAGGUUUUGUGUGUUUCGGGGAGAACGAGAGCUGAAAGGAGAUAAUCUGGUGAUCUACAGGAUGAUGGAGCCGUUCACCGGCCUCUACACGUGUGUGGUUUCAUAUCAGAUGAACGGACGCACGCUCCAAUUCACACGCAACAUUAACGUCACUGCUGUUGUUCCUGAUGUCGGCAGUAAAGUUCCCAUCAUCCUGAAUCCCGCGAUCGAUCAGAUCUACACGGUGACUCUGGGAGAUACAGUGAAGCUGUCUUGUCGUGUGCAUCUGCCUCACCUGUACGAGGAAAAGCAGCACAUCUGGUGGACCAUCGAUAACAAAACCGUGGAGGAACUCGCUGACCCACGAUUCAGCUCACCUGAGGCCACGCUUGUGUCAAACGAUUAUGGUGACGAGUUGAAAGAACGAGUCCUGAAUGUGAUGGAUUUUUCAACUGACGACCUGCAGAGGCAGUUUAACUGCUCCGCCAGAAACAGCCGUGGGUUCAACACCAGCCGAGCUGUACUGAAGUCCGAACCGUACGUCCCGACUCUAGAGCUGGGCUGUGGUUUAGGUGUGACGCUGGCGCUCAUGCUGAUGAUGUUUGUCAUCUAUCACGUAUUCUGGCUCGAGCUUCUGCUGCUCUAUCGCUCGUGGUUCGGCUCAGAUGAGAGAUACACAGAUGAUAAGCAGUAUGACGUGUAUAUCUCAUACGCUCGCAACAGUGAGGAGGAGAAGUUCGUUCUGUCCACGCUGCGUCGAGUCCUGGAGACCGAGUUCGGUUACUCUGUCUGCAUCUUCGACCGGGACAGUCUUCCUGGAGGAACUAUAACAGACGAUACGCUGAGGUUUGUGGGUCAGAGCCGCAGGCUGGUGGUGGUUGUGAGUCCGUGCAGCGCUGUUCACGGGACACAGGCUCUGCUCGAGCUGCAGGCCGGACUGACCAGCAUGCUGCACGGCGGCAGCCUCAGGGUGGUUCUGAUCCAGUUCAAACCGGUCCAGAGGAAGAGCUGGGUCAAAGAGCUGCGCCGGGCCCGGCUGGCGCUGACGCUCAUACGCUGGAAGGGCGAGAAAUCGGCCCCUCUGUCCUCACGCUUCUGGAAACAGCUGCAGCUCGAGCUGCCCAUGAAGAGGAACACACAACACACACAAACCCAGCUACCGGAUAUCACACAACACACACCCGACACACACACACACACUCAAAACACACGUCAGGCAGAAGAGAAACUCAUCGAUCCUUAUUCUACGAGUGCCUUAUAGACAAAACCAGCAUACAUGCCUUCGCUCACUUUAUUUGUAUAGCGCUUUUCACAAUAUGCGGCUUUACAGAAAAAAAGAAAUAGUAGAUGUCAUAUAGGCUUUUCAGUGUAGAUUUAGUAUUACAUAUGUUCUAUUAUGGUAUUUAGUCAUAUUUUGAAUUUUAUAUUUUUUAGUUUCCAUUUUAGUGUUUAGUUUUGGUUGUUUUGUGUGUUGUUUACCCAUAAAUAAUAUGGGUCAAAUACAAAAAUGUUCAUUUAACAGAUAAUUUUCAAAAAUCAAGUUUUUUCAUUGUGCAUUCUAAUUAAUCAAACUGCAGUUGGGUUAUUUUGAUUAGGUUAAAAAAUAACUAAAAAAUACAGCUAACUAACACAAUAAAACACAAUAAAAAACAUAAUAAAAAACAUGAUUUUUGAAAAUUAAAAAAAUUUGUUUUUGCAAAUAACAAAUAAUUAUAUAUAUAUAUACCCACACACAAUUAUUAUUUUUUUCAUUUUAGUAUUUCAAUUUAUUGUAUUUCCGUUAGCUGCCGAGGCAACAUAUGCAAUUUCCGUUUAAGUUACUUUUCGUCAGCAAAACUCCUUUGAGCUAAAAUAUUCACUUGAUUGUAUAUUCACCGUUCUCUGAUGUCCGUUAAUGAUCACAUAACAUGCAGGUAAAAACAUUGAAAAUAUAUAUUUUUGGGGGAUUUAUUUUAAAGUUAUUUAUUUUAAUGUUAUGAUUAUGAUUUAUUAGCUUCUUAUCGACUCUUAAAGCCUCUGCAGUUCCCUCAAGAACCAGCAGGGGGCGUGAAACCCUGUUCUAGUGGGUUUGAAUUGUAGUGCACUUAUCUAGCACACUAGAUUACAAACUUCACUUCUGUCAAUGUCUGACACCUGAAAUAGCGAACUAUAGCAGGACACUGUUGCUUUCUCCAUAGACUUAGAGAGAUAGUUAGAAAAUAGUUGCUGAAGGCUCAGUUCAGAUCAGAGGAGUGAAGUGUGUUACUGAGCAUCAGCCACAAGAGGGCAGAAUCCUGCUGGUCAUGUUUUGAAUGAGUUUUUUGAGGUCUCAUUCCCUCUUUCAUGCUGCACAUUCAGUUGCAUUUUAUUCUCUGUAUGAUUUUGUUGUUUAUGCAUCACUGUGUUCAUCUUAUAUGACCAUGUCAUGUCCAGUAUGUUCUGUGAUUACAUUUUUUAAACUGGUUUGAUAAAUAAAAGUUUAUUUUUGCAUUUC